ACAAUAAAAUAUCAUCAUCAUCACCAAUACAAGAAAAAUCAACAGUAAUUAGCAUCAUAAGUAUUGAUGAUGAUGAAGAUAGUAAAAUUAAAGAUAAUAUUAAUACUAUUAUGAGUGAUAUUGAUGAUGUUACUGAAAUUGAUGAUGGUAUUUUUGAAUUACAAGAAAAGAUUAAUAAAUUGAACCUAGAAAAUUUAUUGAGUGCAGAAACUUUCAUCCGCAUUGAUGAUGAAAUACCAGUGGAAGAAUUGACUGAUGACCAAAUUAUAGAAGUAAUAAGUCAAGAAACAGUAGCUGAAAUCAACAAUCCAGAAGAGGAGUAG